AUGGGUUUGAGAAGAGAAAAAGGCUCAAAAUGAAAGGGUAUUUUUUGAAGGCGGCCAGCCAUUUGUCGUCAUUUGCGACUAUGAGAAAAUGAAGGACACUUUUGUGAAGGACGGCGACGCGUACAGUGGCAAGUUCCACAUGCCGGGGGCUAUUGAAGUUUAUCGAGGUUUUUUUUAUACAGAACUUUUCAGGAGAUAUUUUCUAAAUAGCUCGAAAAAAAUUGACUUGGAGAUUCAGAAGUUGAGUAGAAUUGCUUUAAGGAAGGCUUUCAAACUUUGAAUCUUUUAUUUUUGUUAGAAAAAUUAAGAUCAAUUGUUCAAAAAAAUCAUUGAAUAUAAAUAACCUCUGGAAUUUAGCAGUUUUUCUCCAUGAAUAAAAUGACGCGAUUAGAUAAAAUCUUAAUUUUAAGCAUACAGUUCAAUUUUGAUUUUUACGUAGCGAAAAGCUGAAAAAACUUCAAACGGCGAAAACUUUGAUCUUUUCUCAAAUUUGAUGAUGUAUGGAAUAUUAAAGGACGUCGGAAGAAAAUUUCUUUGUGACGUCUUUUUUCUCAUGUUACAACACUCUCUUCAUUGACUGACUAAUUAAAAAAUCCACGAGAUUGUGCGCUCCACUGAACACAGCGCACAAUAAUUUCAUUCUUUCAAAAAUCACCUCUGUUUUGAAUGCGUUUCCGCUGAUUUCCAACUUCUAAAUCGUUAGAAAAAAUUUAUCUCCACCCAAAAUUUUGAACGAAUUCAGUUCCAUGAGAACGAAUGUUUCAAGAGGUUGAAAACAGCGGCUGCAAAUAAAAAUUGAAGGAAAAAAGUGUGUGAAUCAUUGUUGCCUAGGUAAUAAGGCAAAAAAUGACUUUUUGGAACUCUAAUUUAUGGUCUAAGGGAAGCCAAGAGAAGGCCUUGACGACCAAUUUUAUUUUUUGAUACGAAGUACACUUUCAACAUUCAAAAAAGUUAAACUGGACUUUUGAAGAUUCAGAGAAAGACAUCUUCAUAAAGACUCGGAGCUCGGUAUAGGUUAUUCACGGCUGGCUUAAACCAUCGAAAAAAGGGUCCUGACACGAUAAGAAGAGAGACGGUGUCUGGUUGCUGGAGAACGCAGACAGGCCAAGCCCUUAGCGUCCCAAGUUAGCCGUCAACCGACUAUAACGAAAACUGGACUUCUGAGCGAUUCUAGAGAUCACUUAAGAGUUCUGACGCUACUAAAGUGGUCACUAGAAAUGCCCCGACGCGAUUUACCAUUUUUCGAGGAAUAUAUGGCCAUAGCUUUCGAAAAUCGAAAAUUUUCAUGCAUGUUGUUGAAAGACAAGGACCCUUUUCAUUAAAAUCUUAGAAAGAAAUAGUUUUUUUUUUUAAUUUUUGACUCAUUUUUACCUUGAACCGAUUCGAAUCCCAGGAGGCCUCUACGGUCUCGUAGAAGCUGAGGGAGAAACCUGGAAGACCCAUCGUCGCUAUGUCAUCCAACAGUUGCGGGAGUUCGGCGUCGGCAAAAACCUGAUGGAAUCCAAGAUUUUGUUGGAAGUCGAAGCGUUGACCAAAUCGUUGAAAGGGUCGGCCAAAGCCGAAACUAACGCUCAGGUUUGUGGGGACUUUCUGUGUCAAUGUAAAUUCGCUUAAAUGAAUAAUGAUUAAAUUUCGGAGAGAAUGAACUCUGAGCUUGAUUAGUCGGUUAAAAAAUUUGAAAAAAAAUUAGGCCUCAUCAAAAACAUUUCUAAAAUGCAAAGGUUGGACUCGACUUUUUCAUUUAUUUAUUUUGAAUUUUCUCGAAAAUCGAUGAUUUUCUAGGAUUUUUUGAGCUUUAAAGUAAGACUGGACAAGUUCCAACCGAUUGCGUACAUAUUACAGUUUUCUAAGGAAGGAAUCAUCUGGCAUGAUAAAAUUAACUAUUAGGAAUAAUCUAGACCAUACAUGGGAUGAGUAUGAGUCGCAACAGUCAAUUAUCCCCCAUUUUCUCGUUUUUUUGGCAGGUCCCCUUCCCUUUUUUUCAGGUCCCACCAAGACUAUACCAUGUAUGAUCUAGACAAGUUCAAUUUUGAAAAUAAAUAAUUUUUGAAUUUUUUUACGGCAUAUCAGUGACCAGAAAAUGUCUGUUUAAUAGUUGAAAUAUGAAAAAAGAAAAAAAAAAGAUCUUCCUUCAGAAAUAAGAACUUUUAGGAGCUUUUCGACGUCGCCGUCGGCAGUGUCAUCAAUCAAUUCCUCUUCGGCUACCGAUUUGAUGAUGUGAUUUUGAAAACUAAUAAAAUCAUAUUCGAAAUUUUCGUUUUUUAGGACAAAAUCGAGGAGUUCCGCGAGCUGAAAACGUUGGUUUCGGCUCAAAUGAAGACGUUUUCGACGCCUCGCGCCUUCUUUUCUGUGGCUCAUCCAUGGACCAAGCAUACCUUUAUUGGGAAGGAUAUUUGGGGAAGGUAAAUGAGGAAAAGUUGGUGACAAUUUGAAGUUCAAAAAUUGUUGAAAAAAAGUUUAGAGGCUCAAAAAAAAAAUCAGAACAUUACUUUUGGAACAUGAAAUAGCUCUACACAAACUCUCACGUGAUUUUUAACUUUUUUUCUGUUUUGCCUGCGUCUAUUCCAUAACCUCACUCUCUAAGCUUUGACUAUGCCUGAUUAAUAAGAGCAAAUGCGCUCCACUGAUAAAGUAUUUUUUGAGCGAUGAAAAUCAUGUCAAGGUGGAAUCUGUACAAAAUUAGAGUUUGGUGGCAAGAAAACCUGAAAAACUAGAUAUUUUCAUUGUAGAAGAUGUUUGGCUUUAUUUUCAGUUUUUGGAACGUUUGCGCUCUAUGGACAAUUUCAAAAAAAAAAACCUUUUUUUUUGCAGCUUUUGAAACAAUUUGGAGUGAUCCCUAUAGGGAGUGCGAUAGGAACUCUAUAGAGAAAAAAAAAUUUUUUGACCACUGUAGAGAAUGGAAAUUCCUUUGGAGAGGUCCCUAUAGGGAGUGCGAUAGAGACCAUUUGCAUUUACCAAUAAAGAGUCCGGAAGCUUUAGCGGAAUGCUCCGAGAGCACUACAGGGGUCACUACGCUUUCGACCUUCAUAGACACCGUAAAAAGGCCAUAUAGUGGUUCAUAUAGGGGUAGUGCUGAAAUUUCUCAGAUUUUUAAGGGUUUUCCGAGCUUUUCUCGGAAUUUUCAUGACCUGAGGAACUUUGGAGAGGUCCGUGUAAGGAGUGUGAUAGGGACCCUUUGAAUCUGCCUAUAGAGAGACCUAAAGCUUCAGCGGACCGCUCACAGUGCACUAAAGGGGCCACUGAACUUUUGACUUUCUUAGAGACCGUAAAAAGCUCAUAUAGGGGUCUGUAUAAGGACCGCACCAAAACUUCUCAGUUCAGUGGCCCCUUUAGCGCUCUCUGGGCGCUUCUAUGAAGCUUUAGGGCUUUCUAUAUGCAGGCAGGUUUUCCGAGCUUUCAUAAAUUGUUCAAAUUUCAAGCGAAAUCUUCCAGAAUGGUCCAGUACCGCGACGCGUUCUACGCCUUCUUCUAUCGUCAACUCGACGCCCACAAAAAAGAAGUGGACUUUGACUCGGAAGAGAGCAAAGAUUACGUCGAAGCCUAUCUCAAAGAACAGGCGAAACGUCAAAAAGAGGGCGAUAAAGAAUCAUUCAGGUCGGUAAAGGGUUGUGAUAUGAGAAGAGAGGUCUGGAAAUUGGAAAAGAUGCAUUUCAGGGGGAAAGUUUCAACUAAAAUUUUUCUUUUUAAAGUUCCAUGAAAAGUCAUAGAUUCCUGUGUUGUCUGAAGAAUGAAGGAAAAAAAAAGAUGGCUUGAAUAAUGAUGCGUAAAUUCGAUUUUAACUUGAAAAAAAUGUUUCGGGAUGAGAAAAAGAAGCCUUUGGAAUAAAAUGUUACGAACAGCUGUAAAGGUUCUUAGAAACCCCCAAAAAUUCCCCUUCGAUUUUCUCUAUUCUCGGGGAUUUUCGAGAAGAUUUUGGGCUUUUUCAUAGCAGAAUUAUUGUUUUUGUAUUUCCUGCAACUAUGAGUUCUGAUUCCGAAAAAUUCUAAAGGUUUCCGGCUUGAUUUAUAUCUCUAUAGUGGUCCCUGAAAAACGUAUCGAAUUUUUCCAGUUGGGAUUGGUAUCUUUUUCCAAAGUUUUGAAGAAAAUUUCACUGUUUUUGAAGUUUACACUUCCCUAUAAUGACUACUUGGAGAUAAAGUUUUGCAGGCUUUAUUUAUAGGCGGAUCGUAAGUUCAAGUAUUUUUGUAGAUUUUUUCGAAUUUUAACUCAACUUCACUUUUUGAUGUUUUAUUGGGGAUUAUACAUCCCUAUAGUGAUCACUCGGGCUAGGGUUCUGCAGGCUAUAUCUAUAUCUCUAUAGUUAUCACUAAAACACAUCAAAACUUCCAGUAUUUUUGUAGCUUCUUUUGAAAUUAUAAAUCAACUUUACUAUUUUUGUAUUUUCCUUGAAGUGUGUAUAGUCCUUUCACCGUUACUUGAAAUGUUUUGAGUGUCUGCGUCUCUCUGUUCCCUCACCGGCAAAUUCAGAGAAACUUCAAAAUAAGAGGGUCGCCGAGAGACAAGGAGGGCGCAGAGAAAUCUUUAAGUCAUGAAAAACGGACUGUCGUCCCUAUUGUGACCACUAAGCAUGCUAGGGUUCUUCCGGCGCCAUUUGAAUACCUAGAGUGGAUACUCAAGGAUUUUUUCCAGUGACAUCCAGUUAGUCAACGUUUUGCUCGACUUGUGGUUUGCGGGUAUGGAAACCUCGGCGAACACUCUCACCUGGGCGAUUGCCUACACUUUGAAUAACCUUGAAACUCAGGUGAAAUCCUGAAAAAUCUAGUGAGAUUUUCGAAAGUUUAGGAUAAGCUCCACGAAGAGCUGGACCGUGUUAUCGGGUCGGAUCGCGAUAUCUUGAUGGCCGACAAAAAUGAUCUCGUCUAUGUCAACGCCUUCAUCAAUGUGGGUUUGAGGAGAAAAAAAAUAAUUGUUUGAGCUCUCAAAAAUGAUCAAAAUAUUCCUGAUUAUUGAAAAAAGCGCAUUUUUGCAAGUUGAAGAGGCAUUCUCACUAGUCAGUACGAGAAAAUCGCAAAAUUGGAUGAGAAAUUUUCCGAAAAGAGUAAAGUGAUAUUGAAUUUUUUACAAAGGGAAAAGUUCAGACUUCUGAGAAGUCAAAUACUCAACUUUUUUCUCUCAAAAUUUAGAUUAUUCGUGCUCCAAAAUGCAUAAUAUACAGUAUAUAAUCUUUGAAAGAUUUCAAAAAAUGUGAAAAAAAAAUAAAGAAAAAAAGCUAGAGAUUUUUUUGGAUCAGUUUGAAUAUUGAAAUUGCUGUUUAAUUUUUUUAUAAAAAAAGCUUAUUUUUUUAUCAAAGUUAAAUUUCAAGGCUUGAAGAAUCUAAAAACGCAUAUAGAAGUUUGAAAAAAAUACCAAGAAAAAAACGUUUUUUGAUUAUUUUUUUCUAUUUUUUUCUGCCUUUUUUUGUGAACAGUUUUUGAUUUUCCGGGUUCAGAACUUGGAAAAUACUGAAAAAAAUUGCCUCUGAGAGCUUCAAAAAGACUUACGAAAAAAAGUCGAAAAAAAGCGAUUUCCUAGAAAAAGUCGAAGAACUGGCAAAUAAAAAUAAUACAAAAAAUAUUUUUUUAGUCUCUCAGAUAGGUUUUCGAAAAGCUUAUUAUUGUUAUUGAGAAUUAAAAAAAUUGAUAAUUGUUUUUUAAAAGAAAGAACACUUUCUUUUUGUUCAAUACCUUGAAAAAAACCCUCAAAAAAAUUUUUUUGGUUUUGAUAGAUUUAUGAUCAAAUUUUUUUGGACCAAACAACACAGUUUUUGUUCAAUAUCUUGAAAAAAAAUUUAGUUUUCGAAAAAAUAUCAUGAAAAAUUUGUCAGGAAGUGCAAAGAGUUGCCAAUCUGCUGCCAAUGAACCUGUUCCACAACUUGACUCGUCCCGUGGAACUGGAAGGUUACCAAUUACCGGCCGAUACCGGUGUCCUCGCGCAGAUCAGUACUGUUCUCUAUGAUGAGAAGGUUCCAUUGGAAAUCUGAAGGAUUUUGAGAAAAAUUGACUUUUAGCUCUUCCCCGAACCGUACAAAUUUGACCCGUCGAGGUUUAUCGACGAGAAGGGACAGUUGAAAAAGGUGAAUUUUUUGGGUUUUCAGGGAGUUAUUUUUGAGAAAAGAUUUGAUUUUUUAAAGAAAUUAAAGUUGCAAGAGCAGAGUUUGGAGUAGGAAUUUUAAAUAUUUUUCUAUCUUUUUUUUUGUUGCUUUUUUCUUCCUCAUGAAAAUUCUAACAGACGCGAAAUUUUGAGGCGAUUUUCUAGAAAAUGGUUAGUUUCUUGAAUAUUAUCUUGAUUUUUGAAUUAUUCGAGAAAACUGAAAAAAAUUUUUAGUGUGUUAGAAAAACUUAGAAUACGCUUCUUUUUUCAAAAUGAUGAUUCUUUUCGUUCUUUUGUUCCAAAAAAUGUUUGUUUCUCUGUUUUUUUUUUUCGGACCAUAGAAACUGCUAUUCUCAUGAAUUUCAACGACAUCAUGACAUUAAAAAACCAGUUUUUAAUUGUUCCGGGCACCUAUUCUCGAUGAUUUUUGGGCCAAAAAAAUUGACUUUCUUUCGAAUUUGAGCUUUUGGCAGGGUAAGAUUAAAAUUGUAGAAAAAGUUGGCGAGCUUAGAAAAUUUGGGGCAUAGACUUGUUAAAGUUAGGAGCUUCAGAGUGGUCACUGUAGGAGUUAGGGAAAAGGCCAUAAAGUGGAAAAAAUACUGCUCCCUGGAGGGUUAAAAUUGUGGUGGUCUCUUGAGCUCAGACUCCUGUGCUUCUAAAGUGGUCCUUGUAGUCCUUUUUAAUUUUUUGUUCUGAUUUGGAAGUUGAAAAGACGUAUUGAAGACGUAUAAGGAGCACUAAAAUGCUCCCCUAGGGUGGCCACUUUUUCAAUCUAGUUCACACUAUAGAGGGGAGUAAGUGGUCCCUUCAGAGGAACCUACAAAAGUCCUUAAGGUUGUCACUAUAGGGAUCACUCUGAAGCACCUAGAAAAAUUUUAGCUCUGACUCCGAUGCCCUUAAAGUGGUCCUUAUAGUGGUGUUUCGGUUUUCAUUUCGAUUAAAAAAGCCGCUAGGGUUCCCACUAUGAGGACUACUCUGAAAUUCCCUAGAAAAAUCUGAGCUACAACUCCUAUGUUCCUAAAGUGAUCCCUAUAGUGAUAUUUCAAUUUUCGUUUUGAUUUUGGAAGUUGAAUAGGCUUAUUGAAGACGUAUAGGGGCCAUUAAAGUGCUCCCCUAAGAUGGCUUCUGCAAACUUUAGUGAACCUUAUAGAGGGAAGUAAGAUGGUCUUUUUAGGGGAACCUACGAAAGUCCUCAAGGCUGUCCCUAUCACUUUAAAGUCCCUAAGAAAUUUUUUUUUUAAAUCGACUUCUGGUGAAUAAGGAAGUUUUAUUCGACAAAAAAAGAGUUUUGUUAAAUUUCAGGUCGACGAGCUGAUCCCAUUCUCGAUCGGAAAACGGCAAUGUCUCGGAGAAGGCCUCGCCAGAAUGGAACUUUUCCUCUUCAUCGCAAACCUUUUCAAUAGGUUCAAGGUGAUAUAAAUACAGGGAAACCGGAAAAAAGAAUGACUAAUUGCAGAUCUCGCCUGGAAAAGCGGGCAAACCGUCCCUGCACAAGAGCUUCGGCAUCACCAUGCAACCCAUCGAAUUCUCAUGCGUUUUUGAAUCUCGCCAUUGAUUCGGCAUUAUUUUUUUGCAUAUGACAGUUAUUUUGUGUUGAAAUAUUGUGAAUAAAGCAACGAUUUUGUUGAAUUUUGGGAUUUUUUGAAAGUUUCGCGAAGAAUCUUGGAGAAUAUCUUUUUUUUUUUAAUAGGUUGGAAUUUGUAAAAAAAAUUUUUCAUUUGUUAGCUUGAUUUUGAGCUCAUACUGACCUCUUCAUUCAGGUUAAUAGUUGUAUAAUUCUUCAAAAAAAGCUCAAAGUAUGUUUAAAAAUAAAAAGUUGAUUAUCCGUUGAGCAUAAAAGCUCCAAACUGAGUGGCUCAAGAACUUUUAGUUGGGUUUUUCUAAAAAGAAGCUCUGUAAAAAUCAUAUCGGGCUAUUUUUGAAUGGUUUUAGCGGUAACUCCUAUCGAGAAAAAGAAAGUAUUGGUCGUUCAGUUUUUUGAUAAGAAAAAUGACUACAACUCACAUUUUUACGUCAAAUUUGAGUGGAUUAGGAGUUUCUUUGAAGAAAAAAAUCUGUCUUUAUAUAAAUUUUUAAUUUUUGAGAAUGAACAGAUAUUCUUUUGUUUUUGAGAGAAGGUAUCAAAAAAAGUAAUUUUUUUCAAGGAUAAUUAUCUUUUUUUCUGAAUUUCAAGAAAUUAGGAACACAUUCUACCGUUCUUCGUAUUGAGUUGCAACAAAAAAAUGAGUAUAUCUCCAUCAAGGUCGGCUUGAGCCAUCAAAAAAAGGUACUGACAAGAAAAAAAAAAGUAUUUAAAGGCGCAAGCCGCGCUUAAUGCCGUGUUCAAAGUGAUUCCGCGAACUUCAAAAUAGCCGUCAGAGAAAGAGAAAGAUAACUAAAUUUUGGAGGGUCAGAGACCAUUUUGCAUUUCGCGGAAAUUACUUUGAACACGGCAUAAAACUUCGAGUUUUCGAAGAAAGUAGAUUUUUUUAAGAAUCAAUCAAACUUUCUGCAUUUACCUUCCAAGGUCACAUUUUAAAAAGGGUCAAACAAACAGAUUCUUUUUGAUUUUCUCAAACUCCACUCUAGGAGUACCCUUAUCCAAAUAAUAUAUAUUUACCUUCACAUCAUACUUCUAUCAAAAAUUGGCCUUUUUUUCUUGAAUAUCACAUUGUGCAAUAAGUUUCGGCCGACGAGAGCAGAAAUCACAUUUUUCGUUGUUUCCCCUGGCGUUUCUCAAAUAAAUAGCGCCGUCUCGCUUCGAUUUUUCGUCCCGCCCUGUGUUUAUUUCAAGUCUUCUUCGACUCUUUUUCAAGUUCUCAACAACAAAAUGAUCGCCUUGAUUCUCAUUUCCUCCUUCAUUAUCCUUCUUUUCCACAAUUUCUACUGGAAACGCAGGAAUCUCCCGCCAGGUUCGGAGCGAAUUUUGUUUGGGAAAAAUCGUCUAGGGAAUAGGAAAAAGCAGUAUUUUAGUUGAAUAUGAAGAAGAAUGGCUUUUUGUUAGAAUUAUUUAAAUUUGAGUCGAAAAAAAUUCCUAGUUUUGAACGAAAAGUUUCACAGAUUGUCGACUUUUUGUAAACUGUGCGUCAUAAUUAUUGAAACGAUCUCGAUUUUCCAUGAUUUCCGACGAUUUUCAAAAUUGAAAUGUUCUAUCUAGUACUUUCCGAAAAAAAUUAAAGCAUAAGACAACUGUUAAAAAAAUUAUUUUUAACUGAAAAAAACGAUACUUUUGCGUCAUAAUUAUUGCAACAGCCUUCUCUAACACUUUCAACGAUUUAUGAUGAUCUUUUUAAAAAAACGGUUUUCGAGUGUUUUUUUGAGUUGAAAAACUUGUUUGAAAUAGCAAAGAUUUCAGAAACGUUUAUCAAUAACCCAGUAAGAAAAAGGAAUUUUUCGACUUUGACAACAGUUCUAGUAAGAAAAAAAUGUUGAGAAAAAAACCAUUUUUUUAUUUUAUUUUUUUAUCCAAAAAAACUCAAAAGUACAAAUUUAUAAUAUAACUGUUAGUUAGGCUCGGAAAAAUUCGUUCAAAACUGAAUAAAUCUCUGAGAAAUCGCCCCUAGAGUCUAGGAAAUGUUGAUUUCGAUCCUGUUUACACUUUUUCACGUGAAUCGCUUUUUUUCGACGCAGUCAAAGGACAAAAAUCAAACGGCCUGAUAAGGGAAACUUUUUAGCUGAUAAUGGAGAGAAGGAUAGAGAUAAAAAAAUAAUACUUGAAAGACUUGAAGUAUUAGAGUCGUUUGAAAAAUUAGUCUUUAGAUCUGGGAUUCGAACAUGGGCACUGCGAGUUUUCAUAGCGAGUUUAUAUGCAUUAUAAUAAAUAGAAAAUUUUCAAUUUUAACGGGUCUUUUUGGGGAAAAAACCUAAUUUUCGUGUGAAAUAAAGGUUCAUUGACAAUUUCCCUUCCCAAAUUUUCGGAAAACCAUUUUUGAUUAGCUUUAGCUAUAAAGAAGUUGAUGGUUUUUCACUGAGAAAUGGAAUUUUCAACAUUGUCUAAAGUUAGUUUUUUUCAAAAAGUUUUUUUAAAAAAAUAUACUUGUUAUAUAUUGCAACUAAAUUAUAAUAUUUUCAAAAAAACUAAAUUUUCAACUGAGAAACAAGAAUUUUAUAUUUCAAGGACCGACACCCGUUCCAUUGCUCGGGAACACCUUACAAUUAUUGCUGUACAAAAAAACGGAGAAGCUCCAUACGACAAAUGGACCCGGGAAUAUGGACAGAUCUACACAUUUUGGCUGGGUUAGUUUUCAGUGGAAAAAAACCCAAUGUGAAAAAAAUGGGAAUAAAAAUAGGAUAGAAAUUUGCUUAAAAAAAUAGGUUGAAAAUGUUGAAAUUUUUGGGUUUUACUUAAAAAAAUAAAAAAAGGAUCCUCACUUUUUCAUUCAACUUUUCUCGGUUUUAAUUAUUUCUGUCUAAAGUUUGAUUUUUUUCUAUUUUAAGGUCCAUGGAAUUUUUUUCGCGGGUUUUUUUAAAGAUUUUUUUCGAAAUAAAGAGCUUUGAGUGUAUCCAGUUAUCAACCAUUGUUUUCCAGUGUUUGAAAAAAAUCGCCGGAAAUAAUUAGAAUUUGGGUGCUCUAUCGAUAAUGCAACAUUAUUCGAAGCUUCAAAAAGGUGAAAAAAAGAUUAUUAUUCAAAAAAAUAUUUUUUUAAUUCACUCCUUCUUACUCUUUUUCUCUAGUUGUAAGGUCGAAAAAGCCGGAUUUUCAAUUUUUUACUUUAAGAAUGCCUAAGUUACGUUGAUUUUCUGGUUAUCUUGGAUUAACAUAGGCAAAGUCGGAAGGGUCCAUAGAAAAGUUCCAUUUUUGGUGCCUUUUUGCGCCAUUUAAUCGGCUCUUAUGCACCAUUUUUUCUGCCUCUCCCUUUUCCACAAUUUCUUGAACCUUUAAAAUCCAAGAAAGAAUGUAAGGCUCGAUAAAUGAACCUUUUUGGACCCUUUCAGUGGCCUUUUUUGAGCCUUUCUGCGGCCUUUUUGCGGUCUUUCUAAGGCCUUUUUUGAGCCUCUCCCUUCUAGCGGCCAUUACCAACCAUUCCAGAUUUUUCCCGAGAAGAUAGUUGAAAAUGAUCCGAAAAACUUCAGGUCACCAGCCAUUUGUGUUGAUAAACACGCUGAAGAAGUUGAAUGAGACUUUCGUCCAAGACGGCGACUCCUACCUCGACAAACUGGUCGCCCACCACUUUGUCAAGCUUUUCAGAGGUUUUCAAAGUCUCAAGAAUCAUGGGGAAUCGAUCUUCAGGAGGUCCCUAUGGGAUCAUCGACGCCGUCGGUGAUAAUUGGAGGGAACAUCGCAGAUUCGCUCUGACGCAAAUGAGAGAUUUCGGUGUUGGGAAGAAUUUGAUGGAGGAAAAGGUGGGAAAUUAUUAUAGUCUAUCCGCCGCGACUUGAGACGUGUCUGUGUCUCUCUGUUUCCUUACCGGCGAGGUCAGAGAAAAAGGAAAAUAGCGCGUCAACCUGACAUGGGAGGUCAUUUUGGCGUAGGGUUCAGAAUUUUUUCUAAAUUUGUUCAAACAAUCUUUGAUAGACUGGGAAUCGAUCCCCCAUAGUCGCUACCUGCACAAACUUUUUGUUUUGGUGAUAUGAUUUUUCUAAGUUUUUAUCCUCAACCAUCUGACGCCGUUUGGAAGGAAUGUGGCCGCGCCACCAACCACUGCAUGGCAGCUAGGAGCGUGGUGCAGUGGUUAGCGUGUUAGCCUGCGGAGCCUAUUAUGAAGGUUCAAAUCCUUUUGCCGCUAACUUUUUUUGCCAUUAUUUUUUUUUAAGAGUUUGAUGAGAAUAUUGAAAUUUCAUGAGUAAAACCUUUCCAAAUAAGUUCGAUAGCUAUUUUCUUUCUAAAAUCGCUUUUUUAUGGACAAUAGUUAUGGAAACUUUCUGAAGUUGUGGCGGACUUCACAUCACCAGAGAAUUUUUUUCCCAAAAAUCGUUUUGCUCGAAAGAUUUUUUUAGAUUCCUGAAAAAUUUGAAAAAAAUCUGGAUUAGGAUGGAAAUAGGGUUUGGAAAUUUUUCAAUAAAACUCGGAUGACAGGUAAGUUUUUCAUAUUCUGUAAAGAUGUUUCUUCAGAAGCAAGGCAGAAAUUGGCUAUUGAAAUAUUGAAAAAGCCACUGUUAUUUAUUACAACCAAGACAUGCGAAGAUCUUCGAUUAAGGUUCAGCGCUUUUCUGAAACAUUUUUUUCGCUGAUUUUCAAAAAUAGUCUCUGAUGAUGUAGAGUCUGCCACAACUUUAGAAAUUUUUUAUAAUUUCGUUCAUUAAAAAAAAAAGCGAUUUUAGAAAGAAAAUAGCUAUCGAACUUAUUUGGAAAGGUUUUACUCAUGAAAUUUUAAUAUUCUCAUCAGAAUUCUCUAAAAAAAUAAUGGCAAAAAAGUUAGCGGCAAAAGGAUCUGAACCUUCAUAAUAGGCUCCGCAGGCUAACACGCUAACCACUGCACCACGCUCCUAGCUGCCAUGCAGUGGUUGGUGGCGCGGUCACAUUCCUUCCAAACGGUGUCACAUGGUUAAGGAUAAAAUCUUUGAAAAAUCAUUUUUUCCAAAACAAAAAGUUUGUGCAGAUAGCGACUAUGGGGGAUCGAUUCCCAGUCCAUCAAAGAUUGUUUGAGCGAAUUUAGAAAAAAUUCUGAACCCUACGCUAAAAUGACCUCCCAUGUGAGAGGGUCGUCGAGAGACGAGGAGGGCGCAGAGAAAAACAGUAGUUUUAAGCGAAAGACUUUACAAUGACGUCAUUCGGAAAAGCUCUGUGGAUGGCUCACGAUCUGAUUGGUUUAUCAAAUUUUUUAAAAUGCAAAACUUUAAAGAAAACGUAUGGAUUCCUUAGUUCUACGGGGCAAUUUUCGAAAGAACUACAAAAUCAAAAAUCAAAGAAAAAAGGAAUUUUGAAGUGAUUCAAAGUAAAAAAGCAGUUUCAGAUCCUCUUGUCGAUCAACGACACGUUCAAAACUGUCGACAAGAAUUUGGGCGUCGAAGUCACUCUUAAGGUUUUUUUACUCACAUCCCUGUUUCAGCUUGAACAAAUAGUAAAAAAAAUGUUUUUUUUUAUAAUUCCGAAGCUAGCUGGAAAACUUCAAAAGUUUUAUUUUUUUCAAGCUUUUCCUAUUUUCUUGUCCAAUUUGAAGAAUUUUUCCAAAUUCCCAUUUUUUUUUCAAGGACUACUGGAUCGUCAUUGUCGGCAGUGUGAUCAAUCAAUUUUUGUUUGGAUACGGUUUUGAUGAGGUUUUUUUAGAUAAAGGAAAUUCAAUGAUUUUUGAUUUUUAGGAACGCGCUCAUGAAAUAAAAUACGUCCAAAAAUUGAUGGACGAACAGACGAAACUGUUCGCCAAUGUCUCCUCCAUCAUACAAAUGUUCCUGCCCGAGUUUUGUCGGCAUAUUUUGGGAAAAUAUUACGUCAUUGACCGGUGAGGAUUUAUCAAUGGUUUUCCGGAAGAAUUGAAGAUUUCGACUCAUUUUUGCUGGAAAAAUUUCCCAUUUCUACAUAGAAAUCAAGCUGUUUUGUUGCUUUUUUUCAAGUUAUUUAAUUAUUUCUCGAUGAAUCGAGAACAGUAACAGUGAGAGCCAUAGAAAAAUAAUGAGAGCUCAUUAAAAAAAUUUGAUUUUUUUAUUUUUUUAUUUAUUUUUGUCUUUAAAGGUUUUUUUAUAAAUUUUCGGGUUCAUAUGGACUGAAAAAAAUAGUAGGAACAAUAUUUUUUUCUUAUUUUAAGCAAGAUUAUAAAGAUAUUAAGACAGGUAAAUCAAGAUUAACGUCUUAGAAAAAAAUCGAUCUUUUCGUGAUUUUUCAAUUUUUUUGAAAAAAAUCUAAUUUUUUUCUUUAAAAAAAUUGUCAAUGGGACCAAAGAAGGCAACAAAAAAAGUGGUUAUAAUUCGAAAAUGUUCACAAAAAAAGGCGAUCCAAACAAUUUUUUUCCGAUGAGAAAUUCAUAAAAAUGAUUAUUUUUUUCACAAAAAAAUACCAAAUCAUCAUAUUUCCAGAAUAAUAUCGAUUUUUGUACAGAAUGAUGGUUUAUCGCGACAAGUUCUUCGACAUUUUCAAGCGUCAAAUCAAAGAACAUCGAGAAACGAUCGAUUGGGAUCAGGAGGACAAUCGGGACUACAUGGACGCUUACUUAAGGGAGCAGAAAAAACGGGUUGAAGCUGGCGACGAAGAGUCUUUCUGGUGAAUGAAUGGGGGAAGUUUAGGAUGGAAAUUCAUGCUUUUCGUUGAUUUUUACAACAGAAAUCUUAUCAAAGCAAGUUUUCUUUCAUGUAAAAAUCGUAAAAAAAAAAAGCGUUUUCUUGCUCUUUUCAUCAAAAAUUUGGCGCUUUUUAUAUGAAAAAAAAAAGAAGAAUAUUAGAUAAAAUGGUAAUUAACCUCAAUAGAAAAGUCCUUGAAAGAUUGGUUUUUGGAAAAGUUUUUAAACUAAAAAUUUCAAUUUUUUUCGACAUAUUUUUUUAUGGGAUCAAUUGACUCAAAAAAAUAGCGAGUUUAAUAAAAAAAUUACUUUAAAGUAGGACGUAUUUUUGAAAAAAACUGAAAAAUUUGGAACGGAGUCUUUUUUUGCCGCUAAAAGCUGGAUUUUCCAGAAGUUCAAUAUGAUUUUCAGUGAACUGCAAAAAUGAUUACAGCUGGUUUUCCCGAAAUAUAUAUAUUCUGAAUCCGCAUUUUUUUCAAUUUUUACAGUAGAAUGUACAUUUUGGGAAACCAGAUCUUGAAAAAAAAAUUUUUUCCGCCGAAAAAUUGAACUUUUACGAACUUUACCAUGACUUUCAGUGAAUUGAAACUGAAUCGCAAAUGUCUUUUCGAAAAAUUGAAUCAAUAUUUUUGAAGCUUUUACCUAUUUUACAGUAGGACGUACACCUGGUAAAACAUUAAGAAAAUUUUGUGAAAAAAUUUUUUUUUUCCCAACAAAAGUUAGAGUUUUCAGAAGUUUACCAUGAUUUCAAGAGUAUCGCAGUUGAUUUUUACGAAAUAUUGAUUCAAUAUUUUUUCAUUUCGUUCUUUCAAAAAUUUUACAGUAGGACGUAGAUUUAAAAGAGACUAAAUAUCUUGUGAAAAAAAAAGUUUCUCUACGAAAAAUUUGAUUUUUAUGGAACUGUACCAUGGAUUUCAGUGAACUGCAACUGAUCAACGUUUGCUUCGAUCUUUUCUUGGCCGGACUCGACACCACGACCACAACUCUCACUUGGGGAAUCGUCUACGCUUUAAACCAUCCGGAGGCCAUGGUAGAUAGGCAUUUUCGGAAACUGAAUUUAUCAGGAAAAAAGAUAAUAAUGUAGAGACAUUCUGAAGUUUUUUGGGUGCCAGUCCAUUCUAGAUAUUUUGAGCAUGAUUUCAAGAUUUUUCCCUUGGGCCUUUUUAGAACUUUCGGCUUACUGUAUCGUCAGAAAUGAUACGAACUUGGGUGACAACUUUCGCAUUCUGCAUGACAGUUUUCGAAGAUGCGUUUUUUUUUUGUCAACUGAAACUUCAUCAGAGUGUUGAAAAUAACAGUCAUCACUACUCCAGAAAGUAUCAGAAAUAUUGAAUUCCUUAUAAGAAAGUUUUGACCGACACUCGGCUUUUUUUGUGUUUUUUUCUGACGGUACUGUAUAUGUGAGAGAUUCUUUUUUUCAAACCAGAAACGAGAAUAUUCUGAUAUAGUCCUAUAAAACCAGGAAACGUUCAAUCAUCCAUCACCCAAUAACAUUAUGCGACAAGAAAGUUGGAACUUGAAAUUUCAUUUUUUUUUUUUUUGAACUUAUUGAGCCCUGAAAAGGUUACCUGACCAUUGAUGAACAUUAAAAUGGCUUUUUAAAAAAGGACCUGUUUGAUAAAAUCACUGGAUUAUUUUCAAAGGCCAAUAAAACUCUGAAUUUCCAUAGAAAUCGCUACAAACCUAAUUUUCCACGGUCGAACGAAUCUUCAAAAAAAUACGUUUCAACUCUAGCUCAUAAGAUUAAAGUUUUAUAAUGAAAUAUUUCAAACGGAAUCAGUCUUUGUUAGAAUCAAUUUGAAACCGAAAACUGAUUCUCUUCGAGAACUUUUUCGAAUGUCAACUAAGUUUUUGAACAGAAUAAAAUCAAAAGUUCGGUUUUUCAAGUUUUUAUUUUAAAAAGCCAAAGAAAAAAAGAUUUAUAUUUUGUUUUUUUCCUUUUUUUUCGAGAGUUUUGACGACACUUCUAGAAUAUCAAUUUUAGGUACGACUCGUUGAAAAUUAGAAUUUAAAAAAAUAUAAGAAGAAUAGGGGGUACAAAAGAAAAUAUGGAUUUCUUUACCACAAGCUAAAAAAACAAGAUUCCAGAGAAAGUAAUAGGAAAUUCCGCAAAAAAAUUUCGAAAUUUGAUGUUCAACCAACUGAACCUUAACCGAGACUCCAAAUCUCUUUUCGGAUAUCUCGAAAAUCAUUACAUUCUCAGAAAAAGAUGCAAGAUGAGCUGGACCAGAUCGUCGGCCGCGGGAAUCAAGUCACGAUGGAGCACAAAAGUCAGCUUCCCUACGUCAACGCUUUUAUCAACGUACUUUUCCCAAAAUAACGGUUUUCAAAUAGUUUCGGCUUGAAGGAAACCCAUAGGACGGGAAACAUCAUCGCUUUGAAUGUCCUUCACACUUUGAGUCGUGACGUCACGAUCGAUGGCUACGACUUGAAGAAAGGGACCGGGGUCGUUGCUCAGAUUAGCACCGUUAUGAAGGACCCCAAGGUGGGUUUGACCGAAUAUGGAAUGGCUCAGAGCUUAGCGGAGGCGUUGAGAUUUCAAGUAAAUUCAGGAACUUGAAAGAAGGAAAAACUGUUUUUCAUUGAAACGGAAGAAUACAAAAAUAAAUGUUUAAGAUCUUUUCAGGCCAUUUUUUUUGAAAGGCCGCAUUUGGAAUGGCUCAGAAGAGCUCAAACAAGACGAAACUUUUUAAAAAAAUUUAUGAAGUUUUAGAAAAUCUAGAGUGGUCCCUAUAGGGGGCAAUCCUUAAGGGCUAUUGAAGAUGUCCCUCUAGAGAACACUUUAGCUUCCCUAUAGGGGCUACUAAAGAUUUAAAAAGUGACAACUAUAGGAGAAAUGCUAGUUGAUUAUUGUUAUGAACUCCACAUAAUUUUUACCCCUACAGGGGGUUCUUUUUAGCUUAACCACUAUAGGGACCACUAUGGCGUUCAUAAAGCUAAAUUAAUGUCUGAUCUAAUAUUUUACAAUCCAACUAAGUCCUUCCAAAGCCUAUUUUGUUUGGGAAUAUUUUUGGGCUUCUUUAAAGUCUCUCAUCAUUUCUAAUACCAACUUUCAAUGUGGGUUUAUCCAAACGAAAUCUAGAAGCAUAAAAAUAAAAAAGCGUCAAAAAGGUCAUUUUUCACUGGAGCCUGACGUUUUGGAAGAAAGGAAAAAUCUCAAAAUUUGUUAGCUCGUAGCCCUCCAUCUUUAUGAAUUAUGAAACUUAUAGUUUGGACCUUUGAUGCCCAAAUUGACCACUACAGAAAAAAAAUUUUGAGACCCUAAAAAAAUUAAAGUUCUAACAUGACCCCUGCGUGCGGCGGCAGGCUUAGUCGACAUUGUUUAAAAUCGUUUUUUACGCAUAUGAAUUACAAUAGAAACUUUUUUCAUUGGUUUCAUCUAUCUAUAGUGCAUGUUAGUCUGGCUCAAAAAGUUUCAACGAAAUCCAUUGUGUCUGCACAAAUUUACGUUAACUUUUAUAUGCGACAAUACUUUUGGGCCACCCUGUAUCAAUUUAUUCGAUAUCGUUUCCAGGCCUUCCCUGAACCUCAUCGCUUCAACCCGGAUCGAUUCAUCGACGAGAACGGGAAGUUGAAAAAGGUAUAUUCACCUUCAAAAAAAGGCUGCAUUGAAAAUUAUCUCAGAUCGAAGAAUUGAUCCCAUUUUCGAUUGGAAAACGGCAAUGUGUUGGCGAAAGUCUGGCCCGGAUGCAGAUCUACCUGAUCAUUGCCAACUUUUUCAACUUUUACAAUGUAAUCUAUCAAUCACGGUUACUUUGACAAAUUGUAAACUUCCAGGUGUUCCCAUCGAAAUCCGGCCUUCCUUCGAUGCACAGGACCGAAGAUUUCGCAGCGCGGCCCCGAGAUUUCACCUGUAUUUUGGAAAAACGUACCUGA